AUGGCAGAUGGAGCCGAUGAGUUGGAGAAGCAGGCCCAGGAGAUGGCUGAAAAGGCACUUCCUGCAAGUCUGCCUGAGGCCGCUCGCAAAGCCAAGCUUCCCGCUGUAAAGCAGAAGAUCUUGGAACGGCUGAAGGCCCAGAAGGUUGAGCAAGCCACAAAGCCUCUGGCCAAACAAGGUGCAGCGCCACCUGCUCCCACUGCCGGAGUUCAGGUGCCCGGCCACAUACCUCCUCCACCGCAGCCACCUGCGCCGCCACCACCGCCUUCAGAUGUGGGGGUCGCUAUAGUCCGACUAGACGGCGUGGAGGUCUGUGGUGACGAACCAUGGUUUGCAGAUGCAGUCAUUCGACGUCGGCUCCGCGAGUCGGUGGCGGAUGCCCACAAGGAGCAGAAGAUCCUGGUGGGAUUGCCAUCGGAUGAGGUGGUAAGAAUUUGUCCAGAGGAUGGUCGAGUUCCCUUCGCUGGAGCCGUGCUGCGACUCGGUGGUGCUCACCUUGGUGGCUACGGGGAGUCCGACGUUGCCUAUGCGUACCGCCAGCUUUCUCGAGCUCUCCACCCAGACAAGAACCCAGACCUGGGGGAGAAGGCUCAAGCUGCCUUCCACAGACUCUCGGAGGCAUCCGAAGAACUUCGGCAAGGACUCCAAGAGCAACGCCACGCUUUGAAGCUCAUCGUCGGCGUCAUGGGCGGCACAGCCACCGAGACAAUGCUCGAAAGACCGCAGGAGGCUUUAUUUGCGGAAGCUAGUCGGCUGCUUUGUGCAGUAUGCGGCAUAGUGACUGAGGGGGAAGUUUCAAGCGUGGCACAGGGACGAGCCCAUGUCAAGUUUGAGCGAUCAUCCCGAAUGUUCUACAGCUGUCACAUGCAGACGCUGAUGGCAGAGUGGUUCGAGAAGACGCACUUGCUCGAUCUUUACGCCAGCGUGCCUAUCAGGACAGCAUACGACUGUGCCCCGAAAUGCUUCCGGGCACAGUUUUUGUGCCUCCUCAACAGGGCAGCCAUGGCAGAGGCGAAGCGCUUCAAUGACUGUGUGCGGGGCAGCUGGCCGAAGAUCAUGCAGACUUUUCCGGAAAUGAGCCUUUGGCGCGAGCUUCGCCAGGCCAUCCUCGCCCGUGUGUGGGACAGCAGCGGCGAGCCUGUCGAAGCACCUCCAGAGGAAGUGCCGACAGAGCAGGGCAAGCGUAGCAGGAGCAAGAGCAGAAGAAGGAGUCGGAGUCGAAGUCGGCGUCGUCACAGGGACGACAAAAAGAGCCGGCGCUCCUCGCAUGACGAAGAGGUUGAUGAUGGCCGGCGCCAUCGGGAUGACACCAACUGGUAUGAACGCAACCCGAUUCGAAGCCGUGGUAGAGGCUCCAUGGCUGAACGCGAGCGAAAGAGAGACUUGGCCUGGGAGGCUCGCUGGACAACCAGCGAUGAGGAUGGGCAGAGGCCAGCUCAGGCGGAGGAGUCUGCAGAGCUUCCUCCGAUGCGAGACGCCCGUGAGGUCAUUGCUGUCCAUCCAACUACUGGCUGGCGUGCCUGCAAAUGGGCACGGAAGUGGAGAUCUGCCAUGGCUGCCAUCUUGCCAAGCGGUUUCGAUGCUGCCAUUCCCCUCACGGACACGGAGGUGAGGAAGCUGGGGCUCUUGCUGUGGAAGGACAUCGUCAGAUGGGUGCAGGAGACAGAGGCAAAUCGCUUCCUUGGGCUCUUCAGAGCUGACCAUCAAACAUCCAAGACAUUCGGAUGGGAUGGCAAGGAGAUGUCAACUUCACGAGGGUUGGAGCCAUUGGAGCCCGGGGCCACCCCGCCAGAGUGGUCCUUUGUUCCUGUGACUGACCUGUUUCUGGUGGUCGGAGAGGGUCUCGUCGGUGUCACCACCGAGGGCAUCUUUGCAGAAAAAGCCAAAGGCCAGAAAAGAACAAGCCUCAGAGAUUGCUACAAGCCAAAGAUGCUCACCGACCAAAACGGGGCGCCUGACGCCUCCGGCCCGUCCAAGCCCGAAGACAUGGGUGCUUAA